AUGCCCGGCCUUGAAAAGGACCAUAUCUUCAUUGUAGAACCUGAAAACCGUCACAACAAUGUUAAAGAGGGUGACCGAAGGAAUCUGGACUCGAGCUCUGGCAUGCUGAUGAAGCUUGUAGAGGAUCACAACAAAGCCUUUGUCGAGAUAAUUCGCAGUCAAAGAGAUAUCGUAGAAUCUUUGGAAGAUUUACAAGGUGUGCUUCUGCGAAUUGACAAGAGGCAAGCUGCUACCAACCCUUCCUGGCAACCGAUACCACAGACUCCAGCCAGCAGCUCCAGUGCCUGGAAUCCCUUGCACGACUCGAUGAUGCAGAAGACAAUCAUACCCGCCGUCGAUGGCUGGAGAGGCACCCUGGACACCCUCUUAAUUUUUGCAACCCUCUUUUCGGCCAUCGUGACAGCAUUUUACGUUCAGUCUUCAAGUAACUUGGCUCCAGCUGCUACCUUUGAAACCAAUCAACUACUUGCGAAUCUUACGGACGUCGUCAUUCUUCUCAGUGGUGCCAACAUCUCCCAGCUUAGUCUACCUGGGCCUGUAGCAUUCGAACCGGAAGCAAGCGCCCUCCGUCUCAACUUCUACUGGUCCAUAUCUUUAGUUCUCAGCAUCUCCAUUGCUUCCCUCGCAGUAGCUAGUCGGAGCUACCUGACUCUGCUCACACGUUCUCGCCAUAGACAAACCUACAAGAAGCUUACUGAUAUUCGUGGACGAUGGGAAAAAGCCAAGCCCCAGCUGGGAACCAUGAUUGACACCCUGCCCCAACUCUUGAUAAUAUCUGUGCUGCUUUUCCUUGUCGGACUCUUGGAUAGCAUGGCGACCGAUUGGUUAUCGACAUCGCCUCGCUCCCCUCUUGCUCUUGCGGCGGUGACCAUCGCGACGAUUCCUCUUGGGGCCGCGGGAAUGAUCAUUAUCUAUACAUUCAUCCACGGGUGUAUCUAUUCAUCCAGUUCACCCUUUCAGUCGACUGCCUCUCGCUUUGUCGAGGUUUACGGCCGCCGCCUAGCGCAAAUGCUACAUUCAAUAGGGGCCCAUACACAGCCAGCGCAGAAUGCAGCGGAUGCAGCCUUGCGGAGGCCCUCUGGAAAGCGUAGCGCUGACCAUCAUGGUAUGCUUCAGGAGGAAUUGCAGACCUUCUAUGCUAGCGUGCAAACCACACAUGAUGACGACUCCCUCGACUUCGCCGCUGCCGCCCUGUCUGAUGCUCUCGAAGCCGAGGUUUCCCUGCAGCGGCGGAGGAUACCUUUGGGACCUGUGCUGUCAAAACAUGCGUUGCAAACCUUGUACUUUUUCUUGUCCUCAGAGGCCAGCAUUCGAAGCAACGUGACCGCUGCAUCAUCAAUUCUGCGAAUAUUCGGUCCGAACCUGUCCUGGGAACUUCCUUUCGAGCAUGGUGUCAGAGCUGACAUAGUGCGGUCCCUAAAGAUUGCUGCCGAGCGAUGUUCGGCCACGACAACAGGGUUUUCGUGUUCGUCAUUACUAUGGAACUCAGACUUCGCAAAGGCCAUGGUAUGUGUCGUCACGGAUAAGAUAUGGAGCUUGCCUGUCAGCAUUCUGGAGACGAGCAGCACCAUGAUGCUGCUGCUAUCAGACUACUCUGCGAUACCAAUCGAAGACAGGGCACUCGUUCGGGAGGAGUUCACUUCGCAUGCCCUUGACGUUAUUGAGGCGAGACUCCGUCUGGGCAUGCAACCAUUAGCUCCGAAGGACAAUUUUGACGUAGACGAGGAGGCUUGGGACUUGGUAUGUGACGAGAUGUUGGCGCCUUUUGCCCCUGCGCUUCUCUCCCAGAAGCCUCUCGAGCAAAACAUGCGCGGAUUUAUGCCGUUCACUCUGCUCAAUCCACAUUGCUCUAAACCCGCGGUAUCUAUAUUGGUCCGUUGGUUUGUGAGAACCAUGGGGAUCAAAUUCGUCACCCUUGCUAUGAACACCACCGCUGAUGAGAUCGAGGGCGCGCUCUUGAAGCCGCAGCUAGAGCGCGACAUUGUCGAUAUUCUGGGUCAAUUAGUCACAUUCAAGACAUCGCCCGAUCCUGAACAAGAUUCAUGGCUGUUGGUCCUCGAAUUAUCUAGACUGGUGACUUCCGUCCAAAACGUUUCGGCUCCAGCACAUCCUGGCGGCCUAAUCCCCACCGAAGUCUGGACAUUCCCAUAUUGUAGUCAGAAAAAUGACAACCUGGAGCACUGCGAUUUUCUCUGCUACUACCGCUGCUCUAUCAUUCGGCUACUCGACAGAGCUCGCACUCUCGCUAUCCAACUUCCGUUUCCCGAUCUCGAGACCCUCGACGUGACUUGGGAGGGACUGUCUCAGACUUUGGCGGCAGUCUCAGAAGACCUUCUGUCAUACACCGCAUCUAGAGACCCGGGACGUAGUGCAACUACAAUCUCACACAGGAAUGAUGUGAAGGCCUGCAUUUUACAGGCCUUUAGCCCCUUUUUCACUCCGGCACCUCAUCCAUAA